UGAGAGGUUCGAGAUUCAAUCGAGUAGCGAGUAGUGAGGACGAUGGAAGUGCGCGCAUUGGAGAAUCGAGAGAGAUGGCGGGACAGUCAACGCUGUCGACGUGCCGCGGACUCUCCACUUAACCUGUAGCGUCCGCUAGCCGCUAGGUGCGCGUGAGUCGAACCCCGUUCCGCUGGUUCCGCAGUCUCGCGACUCUCGCGUAAAGCAUGAUGACAGGGAGUGACGAAAAGGGAAGCGUAAUAAUCGUAACGGAGUGACGGACGUGCGAAAUAAUCGGUCGCGAAAAUUGGAUGCGCGCGCGUUAGCCACCAGCAAAGAAAGAAAAGCAGGUGCUCUCUGCUCUCUCAGGAGCACUCGAUCGGCAAGUAGGCGCGCAAGCGCCACGUUCCAAUCAUCUCGCACUACCGCUCGCAACGUACUUUGCACGCGUAACCGCCGCCAUAGUUAAUAUUUUAUACCGCUGUAAUAUUAACAAGGGCGUAGAGCACGUUCCCGCGUAUCCGAGUAAGUAUCGACGAGAGAGACGGACAGAAAGAGAAAGAGAGAGAGAGAGAUAUACUUGAGCCGAUCGCGAGACGAGAAUCCGAGAGAUGUAGGCGUUGGAUGCUGUUGAAACGCGUCUGUUGAAAAACGUCUCGGAACCGGAAGGAACGCACGCGAGAUCGUGGACGAGUGCGCGGUAAAACGAGCGAGCGUGAACGAGUGUGUCGCCAAUUCCAAGGCAUCGCGCCUGGUAUCGAGGGACGAUACGCGCCAGCGCCAGAUUUCGCGUCGGACGAGUGGCGCUCGAAACCGCUCUCGUCACUCGCGCAGAGUUUACGCGUGGCCACUGUUGUAACGAGUGUGGCGGCUAUGUACCGUUAGGCCGAAUCUAUUCCCGUUGUUGACCGGCUCGAGCGAGAUCACCGCUCGCCUACCUACCGACCGAGGAGGACCGAGCCAUAUUCGUUCGCGUUCGCGGUUGGUUGUCGCGUAAACCCGGAAACGAAGCGUGUGCGCGUUCUCCGUUCAACGAGAGCUCGUCGUGUGCUAGAGAGAGAGAGAGAGAGAGAGAGAGAGAGAGUGUGUGAGAGAGAGAGAUACACACAUAUAUAGGGAGAGAGAGAGCGCGAGCGCGCGCGGCAGAGUGUGCGACAGUGUGCGAGCGCGAAUUUAUCGCGGAGUCACCGUCGAGCUCUCCUCGCGAGCUUCCGUUAGAAGAGAGACACACACGCGCGCGCCUUCGUCCCGACGUCUCUACGCAUAUGUAUGACGUAUGCAUCGCAGCGACAGCCGCGGCGCGACGUCGAUCGGCGUGUUCACGUUGAAAUGAGAAAGUCGCCGCUGCGCUGAGGAUUGGGAACGACGACGCACGCGAGCCAGCCAGACGGACAAUUCCCGUACUAAGCGGAGGCACGGAGAACGAAGGCAGCGACAGUAACAGCGGUACGUUGAGCCCGAGAGCGUGCACGGAGAGUCGUCGUGGCUACUCUCGCUCGCUCGUCCUCCGUCCGCUUGCCUGCCUGCCGCCUGCCCGUGUCUACCUGCUGUACUUACGAGCAUAAUUGUUUCAAACAAUGAAUUUCACACCUUUCCCUGGGUUCACUGGCUCGCUGCCGACCGGCACCGUUCAUCAAUUUGCCACAGCGAAAUUUGCACAGAAUCUUACCACUGGGGGACAAGUGGUCGGAGUUUUAUCCGGUGGUGAAGGUGGAGUUCAUUAUUUAAGGCCAGUCGAUCCAAAUGGCUUUGCCGUGGCUCAGAGUGGUACCAAUCAACAACAGCAGAUUAUUACUUUGCCCAUCACUGUCCCGGGAAAGGAUGGCACGCAGCAACAGCAGACUGUCCAGAUACAGGUGGUCAAUCCUAGCGUGUCUCAAAGCGGAAAUAGCGGCGAUCAGCCAAAGUAUCAUUUGGCACCGAUAUCCCUGAGUCAGUUCCCACAGGGAGCCGCUACCGUUCUCACUGUUGCCUACAGUCAGCAAGGCGCGGAUGGUGUACAAAUUCAAGUACAACCACAAAAUACCGUAGCGACCACGCAAACAUUUCCUAUACUCUAUUGCAGAUCCGAUCAAACGACGCAAAGCACAUCUACCGCGGUGACGACCACGUCUCAACAAACUAUUCCACAAACGGUGCAACUUUCAGGAGCACCCGAAGGUCUGACCGUAGUCGCCCAGAUUCCUCAAGACUUGAUUCUGCGAGAGAGCAUAGAAGAUUCCAAGGAAGACGUGAAGGAGGGCACGACUCCCGUGGCUCUUAUUAAACGAGGCAGUGUCAAAAGUCAAGGUAAUCAGAGCGGGGAAGAGUUUAUCACUUCUAUGCCUGCCAGUUGGCAGAGUCUCGCUGCUCCAGGAACCACGGUUGCGGAUUAUCUCUCUAGACUGCCUACAAGUACUUUGCCCCUUAGUCUGCAACACUUUCUGAAAUUUUCGGCGGAAACUAUUAAAAGGGAGGCUACGAUUGAAUCCAGUCCGCUCGGGGCAGAUGGUCUCGAUGCUUCCGGAAGCAUAGCUUCCGGAGAGCAAGCUGUGCAAAUUACAGUCGCUGGAGGCGAAACGGCCAUCAUUCCUGACGUUGUCGAAGAACAAGAACCGGGAGCGAAACCGAAGCGUAAAAAGAAAUAUAAAAAGAAACCGCCGAAGCCGAAGAAACCAAAACCGGGACAAGUGAGCAUAGUUACCGCUCUUGAUGGCACGACUCUAUUUUGCUGUCCUCAAUGUAAUAUGGCGUAUCCGGAAAAGGAAAGUUUAGAGCAGCAUCUGAUUGGACAUAAAAUAGAAAGGAGAUUUAUAUGUGACAUUUGCGGCGCUGGUCUUAAACGGAAGGAACAUUUGGAGCGGCACAAAUUAGGUCAUAAUCCUGAUAGACCUUUUAUUUGUUCCGUUUGCAUGAAGGGCUUUAAGCGAAAAGAGCACUUGAAUCUUCAUUUUGUUAUACAUUCUGGGCAAAAGACCGAAGUUUGCACCGAAUGCGGCAAAGCGUUCUAUCGAAAAGACCAUCUUAGAAAGCACGCGAGAUCUCACCUUACCAAACGUGCCAAGGAGGAUCCAUUAAAUACGAAUGAUACCACGCAGAAUCAACAGCAGGCGGACCAACAACAAGUGGAACAAAUGCAACAACAAUCGGUGCCCGAGUUGCAGCAAAUUCAGAUACAAGUGGGACAAGGGUCUCAAGCGCAGAUUCAUCAGAUAUCUGUUAGCGAAGAGUCUACCGUAGUUUUGCCUACAGCUGCUGAAACUGGAGCUAUGACUAUGCUUCAUCAUCAACAGCAACAGCAGCAGCAAUCGCAACAGCAGCAGCAACAGCAGUCGCAGCAGCAGCAGCCGCAACAGCAGCAGCAGCAACAGCCGCAGCAACAGCAGCAGCAGCAGCAAUCGCAACAACAGCAGCAGCAUUAGCAACAGCAUACCGCCCCAAAUCAACUUGGGCGGUACUUUCGUUUCAAUCAUCAGCACGCUAGAGGUCGUACACAACGGCACAGCGUACUCGCUGAUUAAGAUUUUUUUUUUUUUUUUGAAAAUUCGAUAGGCAAAUUCAUGUUAUCGGACGAAAGUUUUGUUGGCUAGUUGAUUACUUCAUAGCCUUCAAAGGCAUUUGAAACACCUCCAUUUCUUUAACAUGUAACGUCCCUGUCCAUCGACACAAAGCCGAUUUGUUGGGAUUGACAUCUUCGCGCUAUCGGCUUUAAUAAUCUUUAAUCACGGCACAAUAAGCUCGCAUAUGUGUUUAUAAUGAUUAUCUUGUAAAGCGCGCCGAGCUACAGUGACAAAGUCCAUGUUUUACGAUACACGAAUUUCUCAAUUACGUACACGUUAUAGCGUACGUUGAAGAGAUGGAAGGGACAGUCGCCGCUCGCCUCGAACAAGAUUGUUUUUGUCGCUGAUCCAGUUCCAUGACGCAAGUUAGAAAUAAAUAUGAAGUUUAUAUAAAUAUAAAAAAAAAUUAUAUAUAUAUAAAUAUAGAGAUAUACACACAAAACAAAAAUAUAUAUUUUUGAAAGCGCGAACUGGAUUCGCCCAAGAUAACACAAGGCGAUCGAGUUUUGGGCUAAUAAUAUAUAAAAUAAUUCGCUUUUACGACAGUGAUGAAAUACGUAACGAGAAUUAACCGCAACAAAAAUACAGCAUGGAACAGUUUGUAAAUACACACACACACACACACACACACACAUGCGCGCGCGCGCGAGACUUUUCAUCUUUGAAGAAGAAAACGUAACAUUGAUGAUACGUGUCGUAUGCGCGAGGUGAAUCUUAUUUAUUUCUCUUAUAUAGUACAGUCGUGACAUUACAAGGGAAUCUGCCGAUAAGUCGUUCAAGUUCAAUUUGUAUUUUGUAGGAGUAUACUGACGGAAGCAUGCUUACAUUUUUCUAUAAUUUAGAUCAUUGCAUAUGUUUUCAUGUAAAGACGCAAAGUGUUGGUGGCGAUUGAACCAUCUGUGUUGUACGAAAUGGUGGAAGAAUCACGUAUGAAGAAAUCAACGUUUAUUAUUUUUCAGAAAAAAAAAACGAAUAUUUACGAAAAAUUAUACCGAAACGCAUUUGCGUGACGAUAUAACGACACGCUGCUCCGAAAUCAACAUUAUUUUACAAUCGAUCAUUAAUUAUUCCGCAAUUCGUGAACAAUCGAUAUUUUUACUCUAUUACUUUAACCGAUGUUCACUACGAGAACGUUGCAAACUUACUUGGAGCAAGUGGUCAAGUGCGAGAUACUUGUGCGAAUUGUUCUCAAUUGGACACAAAUGAUAUGUUACGAUAAAAGAGGUAUAAAAAGAUGUAAGAAGGAAUAGAAAAUUUAAAUCCUCGAAUAUUAACCAAAUCAAUCAAUCGUGAUUCACCUGAAAAAGCUUUUUGAUAAAGGUGUAUGUAUACAUCAAAAAACUUCUUAUUGUAAGUAUCACAAUUAAAGGCAAUGGGUAUAGCUGUACAAGAAAUAUUAUUAUUUUAUUAUCAUAAUAUUAUAUAGAUAUAUAUAUCAUUAUCGUAGUUAGGAUAAAUAGUAUAUAAGUCAUUUUCAUUGUUACUUACAUAAAUAUUGGAGGAGAAAACUGAAAUAAAACAUACAUUUAAUACAAAA